UGGCCAGUCAAGAAAUAUGCUCCACGCCACCAAACAUGGCCCUACAAUCCAUCAGACUUCACACGACAAGAUCCGUCAAACGAUUCACAAUUCUACAGUACUCCCCGCUUCGUCACUCACAUCGACGACGCAGCCAUCGACACCCUACGCCAAUACUACGAAACCGUCCUCCCACUCAAAGGCAAAAUUCUAGAUUUCUGCUCAUCUUGGGUCUCACAUUAUCCAAACCCCAUAGAAACCGCAGCUGCAAAUGGAAGUUUGCAAAUCAUCGGUAUGGGCAUGAACAAAGCCGAACUCGACGCCAACCAAGUCUUGAAUUCUCGAAUCCUCAAGGACCUCAACACAGACCCCAAUAUCUACACCGCCCUCCAGGAAGCAAACGUCAUCGACUCUUCGGAAGAAUCGAAACUCGAUUCCGCGACUGUGGUCGUCAGUAUAGAUUAUCUGAUCGAACCCGUGCAAGUGCUCUCGAGUCUUUUGGAUGCGACGAAACCUUCAGGAACCGUACAUUUGACCAUCAGCAAUCGAUGUUUUCCAACGAAAGCCAUUAGUCGUUGGCUACGAGUUGAUGAAGAGGAAAGACUGCAAAUGGUUGGC